GGCUACCAUCACAAAUUUCAACCAUUCACUUCAUCCUUUUGAAAUUUGUACGAGGGAAUGGAUGGUGUAGUAAUUCAACUGUUAUAGUACCUGAGUUACUAGAGUGCUCAUUCUCUACCAUCUUCUUCAUUUGGUUCAACAAGGUUGAAACUGAAGGAUCUACAUGUAGGAAAAGAAAGGUGCUUGUAUAAGUGAUAAAAGAAGUUUGUUUUUGGAAAAAGAAAUCCGCGAUCUACUCGUGUCUGCUGGCUGCCAUCGGCCAAAUCUUGAUUCGUCUCAAAGUACUCUUCUCCUGUACGUACAGACACGGCAACAGAAAGAGAAGAAUCGACGAUCUUUAGAAGAUAUACUACGUCCACCAGAACCUCUUUCUUUACUUCAUUCUGAGACAUCAUUGUGCCUUUUGAACUCUGGAAGACGUCCCCAAGUGAUUGUCAGACAAGGACCUGGUGUUGUCUCAAGCAUCGCAGUACAUGUUGAAAUUGGUGCCAGAGGGAAACCAAUAUCACCUCCGUUAAAAACGCGACUGGCACGAACUCUAGUUUAAGAAUUCUUCGGUCGGGCAGUGCUUUCCAAGAAAUUAAACAGGUCUCUCGACCCAGAACCCAACCAGUCAGCUCCUCAAAGUCACGGGGCUCAAAUCAGCAAGUAGAUACUGUUAGAUCAUCGAUUUCGAAAUUUCGUCCUCGUCAGACUAGUAUCGUGACUCUCACUCCUGUGUCCCUAAACCGGAUCUACUCGCCUUUGUCUGACAAAAGGAUUGUGUCAUUUGCUGGCUAUACUGCAAGCCAUUCAGCGUCAGAGCAGUAGGAAGCGAGCGAAUCUUGCCAUUUUGAAAGGGUUGUUGAACAGCUCUAGAACUCUAGUUUGCAAGGAGAAUUGAGUCAAAAAUCUCGUUCCAGCUCAGGAACAUUUAAGAAUGGUCGUCAAUAGCAGCAAGUCGUUUGGACGUGCGGCCGCGAAAGAUUAUGAAGAGAACCAAGAUGACGAUAUCCCUGCGCAAUUUGAAUUGGACGAGAAUUGUACGCAUUACACCUCCUUGAAAGAAGUACCCUGGGAUCUACACAAAUACUGGCAGCAGCGUUAUAGCGUGUUCUCACUCUACGACAAUGGUAUCUAUAUGACAGAUGAUGCUUGGUUCGGCGUUACCCCUGAGCCUGUAGCUACUCAAAUCGCUCAGGACUAUGCCUCUUCUACAUCGCCCACAAAAACAACUAUAAUUGAUCUAUUCGCUGGCGCUGGCGGCAACUCCAUUGCAUUCGCUCUCUCUAACCGUUGGGCCCAUGUCAUAGCCAUUGAGAAAGAUCCGUCGGUUAUCGCCUGCGCCGAAAACAAUGCAUACGUCUACGGUGCCACAAACAUAACUUGGGUUAAUGGUGACUGCUUUGAGUAUCUUAAAACCCACGCCUCUUCUAUUAAUCCUUCAGAAACUGUCAUUUUCGCAUCCCCACCAUGGGGAGGUCCUGGCUAUACUUCUGAAAAUAUCUUCGAUCUGAGUACUAUGCAACCAUAUUCUGUGCAGUAUAUUCAUGAGGCAUGUAAGGCAAUGGAUACAGCAUUGUAUCUUCCACGAACCAGCGAUCUCAGACAAAUCUCUGCGCUGUUGCCCGAUGGGAAGAAGGUUGAGCUUGUGCAAUAUUGCAUGGAGGGAGCGAGUAAGGCGCUCGUGGCGUAUAUUCCAGCUAUCGAAUGAGAAGGAUGUGAUCGGUUUUAUGAAGACUUCGGAGAUCCGGGUGGAGCUGCAAGUCGAGGUGCCUUGAAGCCUGAGGGCUGAAGGCUGCAGCACACAUGCGGUCUAUCAUGUGGGGAUGGGUACAAAAUUUUGUUGCAUAUCGGAAAUUCCUGAGGCAAAUGGUGGGAGAAGACUUGGCCACAUGAGCAUGAUAUCGAAAUAUGCAGAUGGCAUGAAGUAGCUUAUAAUAUAAAUCUAUACA